CCGAGGGCUGCCCCGGCCGAGGCCCGACCCCCGUCCCGGCCUUUCUCUCGCUCUCGCUUGGCUCCCUCCUGCCCGCUCUCCUCGGCCGGACCUAUCCUCCCCGGCCGCGCGCCGACCCUGGCCGGCCCCGCCGCCUAUCCCCUCGACCCCAGUCCGGCCCCGCGUCCCGCCGCCACCCCCCGUCCCCGCCCGAGGUCGCCCUGAGGAAUUCCCCCGCUGUCUGGGGAGGGACCGAAGUGCUCGAUGCCUCCCAGAUGGAGUGCCCCAGCCGGAUCCAACGCCCUUCCUCUCGGAUUCGACCCUCCAGAGGGGAGACGGCGGCGCCGCGGGAUUGUUGGGAUUAACCGUGCUGAUAAGGAGGCAACGUCAUAGGAGCUGCUAAGAUGGGCAUGAGGAUCAAACUGCAAAGCACCAACCACCCCAACAACCUGCUGAAGGAACUCAACAAGUGCCGGCUCUCCGAGACCAUGUGUGAUGUCACCAUCGUAGUGGGGAGCCGCUCCUUCCCAGCCCACAAAGCCGUGCUGGCCUGCGCAGCUGGCUACUUCCAGAACCUCUUCCUGAACACUGGGCUUGAUGCUGCCAGGACCUAUGUGGUGGACUUCAUCACCCCCGCCAACUUUGAGAAGAUUCUGAGCUUUGUCUACACGUCAGAGCUCUUCACGGACCUGAUCAACGUUGGGGUCAUUUAUGAGGUAGCUGAGCGUCUGGGUAUGGAGGAUCUCCUCCAGGCCUGUCACUCCACCUUUCCUGACCUGGAGAGCAGUGCUGUGGCCAAGCCCCUGACCAGCACCAGUGAGAGCCACUCCAGCACCCUGAGUUGUAGCUCAGCAGAACCAGCCCAUCCCCUUGGAGAACUCCGGGGUGCGGGGGAGCACUUUGGUCCUGAUCGAAACUAUGCGUUGCCUAGUGAUGCUGGAGGAAACUAUAAAGAGGAAGAGAGAAACGUUACCGGUGACACUAACCAUAGCCUGCCUCUGCCGCAGCAGCCACUGCCGCCAAAGACAGAAGACCAUGAUGCCCCUGCUCCGUUCACGCCCGUUCCCAGUGUGGUGACCCAGCCAGUCCUAGGCACGGUCAGCAUGGGCGUCCAAACCAGCACAAGCUCCUGCCAGCCAUACAAAGUCCAGAGCAAUGGAGACUUCAGUAAAAACAGUUUCUUCACCCCUGACAAUGCAAUAGACAUCACCACUGGGACCAACUCCUGUCUGAGCAAUAGCGACCACUCCAAAGACCCGAGCUUUGGGCAGAUGGAUGAGCUCCAGCUGGAGGACCUGGGGGAUGAUGACUUGCAGUUUGAAGACCCCGCCGAGGAGAUAGGCACAGCUGAGGAGGUGAUUGAGUUGAGUGAUGACAGUGAGGACGAGCUGACUUUUGGAGAGAGUGACAACCGAGAGAAUAAGGCCAUGCCCUGCCAGGUAUGCAAGAAAGUUCUAGAGCCCAACAUUCAACUGAUCCGACAGCAUGCUCGGGACCAUGUGGACCUGCUGACCGGCAACUGCAAGGUUUGUGAGACCCACUUCCAGGACCGAAACUCCCGGGUGACCCAUGUUCUGUCCCACAUUGGUAUUUUCCUCUUCUCCUGCGACAUGUGUGAAACUAAGUUCUUUACCCAGUGGCAGCUGACCCUCCACCGACGGGAUGGAAUAUUUGAGAACAACAUCAUCGUCCACCCCAACGACCCCCUGCCUGGGAAGCUGGGUCCCUUUUCAGGGGCAGCCUCCGCAGAGCUGCAGUGUGCCGCCUGCGGGAAGGCAUUGGCCAAAGAUUUCCACGUGGUCCGGGGCCACAUCCUUGACCAUCUGAACCUGAAGGGCCAGGCCUGCAGCGUCUGUGACCAGCGCCACCUCAACCUCUGCAGCCUCAUGUGGCACACACUCUCCCAUCUCGGCAUCUCAGUCUUCUCCUGCUCUGUCUGUGCGAACAGCUUUGUGGACUGGCCUCUCCUGGAGAAGCACAUGGCUGUGCACCAAAGCCUGGAAGACGCCCUCUUCCACUGCCACUUGUGCAGCCAGAGCUUCAAGUCGGAGGCUGCCUAUCGCUACCACGUCAGCCAGCACAAAUGCAACAGUGGCCUUGACACACGGCCUGGUUUUGGGCUACAGCACCCAGCUCUCCAGAAACGGAAGCUGCCGGCUGAGGAGUUCCUGAAUGAGGAGCUGGUGCUGCAGGGCCAACCCGGGAAUAGCAAGUAUAGCUGCAAGGUGUGUGGCAAAAGGUUUGCCCACACGAGUGAGUUCAACUACCACCGGCGGAUCCACACGGGCGAGAAGCCGUACCAGUGUAAGGUGUGCCACAAGUUCUUCCGAGGCCGCUCGACCAUCAAGUGCCACCUGAAGACGCACUCGGGGGCCCUCAUGUAUCGCUGCACGGUCUGUGGCCACUACAGCUCCACCCUUAAUCUCAUGAGCAAGCAUGUCGGCGUGCACAAAGGCAGCCUCCCACCUGACUUCACCAUUGAGCAGACCUUCAUGUACAUUAUCCAUUCCAAAGAGGCCGAAAAGAACCCGGACAGCUGACUGGCUCCCAGCAGAGCCAGGGGGAGCUCCCAGGCAGCAGCCAGGACGUUGGUUUUCUAAUGGCUGUUGGUCCCUCCCCAACCGAAGUUACAGUUUUGCCUUGCUAGGAGUUCUGUCCUGUCCUGUGUUGAAGAACAAGAAAGAAGAGAUAGCACAUGAACACUGUUACUGUUUUUGAGAAGCAGGCCCUAUCAUGUUUACCUCCUUACCUGUUCUUGCCCAUGGAGGGCUGUGUUUUUGAUUCUUUUGAGGCUGGUUUUGGGAUCUCGUCAGGCAGUUGGUGUCAACUAGAUCCCCUUCCCCAGCCGCUCGAGUUUUAGUUUACUGAUAGGUUUUAUGCUGCUAAGAAUCCAACCAACAGCCUCACUGAAUGGAGGAGGUGGAGAGAGGUUUCACCGUGGGUAUUACUGCCAGACCUCCAACCGGGACAACCAGCUAUGAGAGAGAUUUUGGGAAUGUGGUCAUUCAGAAAAGACUAGUCAGCAGGGCAGCUCACCUCAGGUGCCAGUCCCAGCCCUCAGCAGGGGAAAGGUGUCAGGGAUGGAGGGUCCUGCUUGUUCCAUGGCUCUAAUCUACUGAUUGGACAGUAAAAUCUCUUGGCAGCUAGAUCCAAACUGGGGACAAAGCUUUCUGUUUAGGUCAGAAGGCUUUGGGAUGAAUCCUUGCCAGCCAGAAAAGGUGUCCUGCAGUGCUGCCGGAAGUGGCAGCCUGGAUGGACAGGAAGGGAGGUUUCUCUUUUCUCCUCAAUUCCAAAGAAACACGAUUUUAUGGAGUGAUGGCCCAGGACGUCAGGCCUUCCCUGUGGGCAGAAAGGACAGGGAGCCACUUGGAUGUAAUCCUCUGUCAUCUGGCCACGUCCAUCGACCUUGAGUUUCCUGGUGGAGAGGUGGGGAUGUCUCUGAAGCAGCAGCCUUGCCUUAAUUUACAUCCAGUCUCCCACCUAGAAGUGUGUUUGGCCUAUAGUGUAGAUGAGAAGACCCCAUGAGGUGGAGUGGUGGACUGUGAGCCCUUCAGGAUUAAAGGAACCCGAGUAACUGGUGGUUUGUAGCGGGAUGUGUGUCUGUCUGUCCCAGUCAGGUAACCUGUUGUUUACUUUGUGCUAACUGGGCCAGAGCUUUGGCAGCUCACCUUUGACCUGCUGGAAUUUAUCCUGAUCUGUCGUUGCGUCACCACCAGGGGGCGCUAUUGACCAGCAGCUGGUUCAGGCCCUCCCUAGGUGACUCGGGAAUGGGUCUGCCCAGUCCUGGGGUGCUGGUCGGCUCCGUUCUUAGUUGCCUUUUUGAGGGGGUCUUACCCAAAGAAGGCUUGAGGGAGAGGGCCCUUGGAUCUCGCAUCUCACAAGGUGGCACCUCAGUAACCCAUACUACCUCACCUGCUCAGGCGAGCUCUGGGGGUCCCUGGCCUCGGCCCUGAUACAGCCCCUCGUGGGACUCAGCAGCACCCCAGGCUGUUUUACAAGCAAGUGGUUUUAAUUAACUCACAAGGCCUUUUUGGACAUUAAUAUUUAUUUAUUUUUGUUUUUGUAUACAUAUUACCCAGGAUCUCUUGGAUAAGAGACUUCAGGAAAAUGAGCUUCUCCCCAGCAAGUAGCCAUAUUCCAGGGGACAAUCCUGGCCAGAUAUUUGGGAAACAGGGGCUAAAACUAGGGGAGAACAGGUCAAGCCUUUAAACAAGCAAAUUCUUUUCUUUAUCUCCAGAGAGUCUCUUGCAGAAUAGACCCAGGGAACCAUUUAGGUAAUGGAUGUAAAUUCUAGAAAGUUGAGGCUUGUUAAAUCCCUAGGCCUUCCAUCCCCUUUCCAUCCUGUGAUUGAGUAGGUUGGGGACUGGGUUGAGGGGAUCAAGUCACAUGAAGGACCUUUUUACAUAUUUUCUCAUCCUUCCUAAAGUUGGGAAACUAUAAUAAGACAUACAAGUAAACCAAAGCUCCGUCCCUGUUGGACCUGCUGCCUCUCUCCCCAGCCCUAAACUGAUAAAGCCUCCGCGUUUGUGCGCAUGGCUAUCUGGUGGGGUGACCAUUACAUGAAGGGACUUGUCAUGUGGCCACCUUUCACCAUCUGAAUCCAACUAGUUAAAUGUUCCCUUGGGACAUUCUUGUCAGAAAGCAGUGCUGAGACUUUUCUUCCCUGACUGACUGCUCCCUUUCUUCCCACGCUGACCAUUAGACGAUUAAGAAGGAAGGUGUGUAAAAGACUACAGUCACCUAUCUGCUAAGCUUUUCAAGCCUGAGUGGUUUCUCCCAGAUUGUUGGUGAGGACUGAGGUUUGAAGGGCUGGAUUUGAGAGUGGGGAUACUCACUGGAGCCCAGCCAGGUAGCUGAGAAUGGAUCAAUAUGCUGGAGAAACCCUCUUCCUUAACAGAGGAUAUCAUGGUUGCUGGGUAGUCUGUAUACUUAACCUGAAACUGUGAAGUUUUCCCCUUUUGCCAGUAAACCAAAAAGCAAAUCCUUGAAACUUUGCCCCUGAAACACUAAACAAGAAACUGCACCCCCUGAUCCUCCUGAGGCAAAGUGGUCAGCCAGGGUGGCCUGGCUGGUUGCAGUCAGACAUGUAGCAGGGUCAGUAGCUCAUGAGGCUCAUUGACCAAACCCUGUUCCCCUGUGUGUCCCCCAUGUUCGCACCUCAACCCUUCCUCUGUUUGGAGUCAUGUUUGCUGCCUCUGCCACCAGCUCACCCUUUUCUGCACUGUUUUACUUGAAACACUAUAUUGUGGCAAAGGGUGCUCUAGGAUACCUGGUGGAAGGUAUUAAUCGUAUUUUUGAAUUUAAAAUUUUUUCAACUGUUCAUUGGAUUUUGUUGCCCUCUCUGCCCUGGAGCCCAGUUUAGCACUGUCUCCUGCUGUAUUGUUCCAAAGUUCUGUUUGAUCCCUGAAUGUCUUUUCUUCUCCCUUUUCCCCCUUUUUUUUGUUCUGUACUCAGGACCAGCUACAUAUUUACAGAGCCCAUUGUUUAAAAAUUAUUAAGAAUUUCAAGAUGGCGACUAGAGCAUUAAAGCAAACACGAGGCCAUUCCCAACUCUUUUCCUAAGGGAAAACGGUGAUACUCUAAUGGCACACUGUAAACAGCUGCUGUGGCCAGAGGAAGGGAUCAGUAUCCUGGUGCUCCUCUGGCCCAUCCACGGCUCACUGAUGCCACAGCACCUGCUGGGAAGCUCUGCUGUGCCCUGGUAUUUGGUCCUAAAUUUUAAGACUCCGUGGAGUCUCUCUAGUUCAUGGCUAGUUGGGAAGAAAGGAGGUGGGGGUGGGGGUCAGGAAAUGGAUAAAAAUUCUUUCUGACUUUCUUCUGCUCUGUCAGUACCCUUUUGUCUCUAGGACAACCUUUGAGCUUAAAUACCUUCUCCCCAGUCAGGUUUUGCUGCUGGUGGAUUUUCUUCCUCUUCUGGCCACCUGCUGUGCCCUAGUCCCCAGACUACUCAACUUUGGAAGUGAAUUUAAAUUCCUUCAUAGAUGGGCAUGAAUUUGGUGGCAUGGAAGUGGGCUGUGUGGAGAAAUCUGCCCAUCUGGGAGUCCCCACGUGUCCUUUUCCCUAAGUCCUGCGCUGAAUGAAUCAGGAAGCAGGGCACACAGCGUUGAUUUCAAUGUGAUAACUCAUGGUAAACUUAACAUCAGAAUGAAAAGGAAACUUUUACCUUGGAUGUUUCUUUAACACCCUUCCCCUGUCCAGUCCACCCUCCCCUCCCACCUCUACUAGCUAAAUCUCUUUUGAAACCAAGAAAAAUUGUUGACGUCUUAACUCCUUCCAUUAAAUUAAUAAGUACUGACCUCCUAAUAUUUAAGUGUUUACUAUCUAUUGCUGUAAAGUUUUGUAUAUUUUGUAAACUUUUUUUCCCAAAUAGUAGAUGUCUAAAAUCGUUGUACAUCUGAUUCUUUUAUAUUCCAUUGUUCGGCACAAAGUGUGGUUUUUAUUUAGAAUAAAAAAAGGAAAUUUGAAAUGGGAAUUCUUUUCUUAUUUACUGUGAUCAUGCUCAUCCCUCAGAGUUCAGAGUAUCUGGGCCAUCACCCUUUCAGUAGCAGUAUCCUGCUCAGCAGGUGCCAGAAUUCUUUCAGGUAGCACAUUUUCCUUUCCUGUAGCUGGAAUUCCCCGGGCUUGACUUGAUCUGUUUUUAGUGGAAAAUUAACUCAAUGGCCCAGCCUUUUCAGAGGGACCAUCUCUGAGGGGAAUCUUCUGUUGGCCCAGAGAGAGCAGUGGGGCUCUGCUAAUGUCUGGUUGGACCAGAGAUUUGGCCGCAGAUUGUCUUGCCAGUGCCAUUUAAUUCACCAUGACGUGAUAUGUCAGAGUGGAGAGAGGCAGAUUCAGAGAGGGGGGCGGAGGUUUGGCAUAAUUUCGUGAGGUUGGUAACAAAUGUCCCCCCACAGAGAAGAGACAGACCUCUAGAAGUUAGGGUGCGAUGUGGUCCAUCUGGUCUCAGAGCACACUGCUUGGGCCCAGGCCCCCAUCAGUGCUCUGCAAAUGUAGAGCAGAGGGCCUUGCUGAUAUCAGCACACCAGUUCUCCUCUCAGGCCCUAAGGAAGUAUUUGUGCUGCCAGGGCGAUCACUGGUUGCCAAAAUGGAGUCCAUGAGAAGAGAAGAUGUUGGGAAAGUGGCCUCAGGUAAUCUGGGGUGUGACAGAGAUGUAAAACUGGGUUUCCUGAGACAACCUCUGGACCCUGAGUCAGAGGGGUCAGUGAUAAGGGCAUUGGAUCUGGACUGGGUUUUUAUGUGGGCACAAGUGAGGAAAGUCUUUCUAAUACAUUCUGUGCAUUGUUAGGUUCAGCCCUUACUGCAGCACCAAGUCACAACCCAAACUCCCCUGGUUGAAAAAGUUUUCAGGUCUGUGCCACCAAGCAGCUGUUUGAAGCGUUAAGACUCUUUAAAAAAAAAAAGAAAAGGCCCUUUUUCAGGUUUGGGCCCAAUGAGCAGGGGGAGUUAGACACAGAUUUCCCUCUGUGCUCCUGACAAACGGGUUCAUACACCGCUGGAGCACAUGUUUAAUGCAUCUGGUGAAUACAGUCUCAGAUUUCUAAGUGCAGAGGAGAUGGUGCUCCAGGUCAGCGAGUGGUUAUUCCAAGUUAAACAUUCCUGACAUACUGAGCACUUGAGCAGGACAGAAGGUCUCAGUGACUGUGUCCACAAACCUUUCGUUCUCCACAGGCAGGAUGGAGAGGCGGAGGGCUCGGGACUGGUGGGCUGGGACCUGCUCUCAGGCUUUACUUCAGUCAGAGUGCUUCGUGGACAUGGUCCUAGUUUCCCAAACUGAUAAAUGAGCCCUUUCCAGAAGACCUCCGUGUUAACAAGAGGACUUCUUUUCCUGUCUAUAGGGCAAGUGUUAAUAGAAGUUGCUGGACAGGAAAAUUAUGAGACAACUUGGCCAGGAAGAAAGAAGUCUGAGGGUGAGACCUGACGUAGGAGAACACCAGAACUCUGCCCUGUGACAGAAUUGGAAGAUUUCCACUUCCCCACCCCAUGCAGGGGCAAAGGCUGAGGGACAGAGCACUUGUCAGUGCCUGCUGCUGCCUGUCGCGAAGUCUGCUCCCAGAAUGGAUGUCUUGAUAUUUUCCUAUGAUCUGGAGAAAAAGGGAGGGACUGAGGGUAGAAGUCUGGAAACCUGCUAGACCCAGAGCUGGGGGAAGAUGGGCUACGAGGAGCAUGGACUCUGGGACAGCUCCUCUGCUUUGGGGGAGGGGAUCAGGAUGGACGAAGGGGAGAGUAUCAGCAAGGAAAUGGAGCCCUUUCCUGCAUGGCGGGGGUGGAGAAUCCUCGAGCCGGCCCAGCUGCAGGGUGCCUGUCUCAGACCUCAGCUUCACCCCGCCCCUGCUGUCCCCACCGCCCACCCCCUCCAUUUAUCAUCACACUGAGGAUGCACUGCUAGGAAACAGCCUGCUGAGGCCUCCUGGCUCCUUGGCCUCUGGCCUCUUGUCCCUGUAGCCUACAUGUGUGCUAGAAGAUCAACAAGCACAAACACAAAAGGAAAGUUGUGUGGGGUUCCUGUGGAGCUCACUCCUUCCGGCCAGGGUGGUUUCUGAAACGGGUGCGUCUGGUUUCUGCUGAGCAUCUCUUUAGCUUCAGCUCCCUUCCCAGUCCCAGCUUGCAGUGCAGACUUUUUCAGAGAUCCAGAGUCAUGUCUGUCUCUAUUCUUUAUUUCGCCUUUUCCCCUGCGUGUCUCCCUUCGGCACAGGGACUGUGUGGAAUGGUACAACGCCAAGGACCCGUUCCCUCUCCCUCCCUGCCUCCCACCCCAUUCCCUGACUUCAAUAUUUUAAGACAU